UUACUGCUACAGGCAGGGCGGAACUGCUGUUCGCAGUAUGUCGAAGGAAGACGGACAGCCGAGCAGAGUUACAACAUAUCUAUACAGCUAAGUUAUUAACAUGCCUCAGUGCUAGGUUAAAUACCCAGUUUUGUAACGUCAUCGCGGACACUAUCGCUGCUUGUUUAUGGGUGUUUCGGAGGGGUUUGAACUUCCCUCACAUUCUCCCCAACGUAUUUUAACGAAGGGAGGCGGCGGUGGAGCGCUCGGCAGCCAUCUUUGGACCUGCCUGGGAGUGGGAUUCGACUAUUCUGGCACCCCAGUUACUUCAAGGGUGGGGAUUUUAACCUAUAAUAAUUAACAAAUCGGUAUGUUAUAAUCGACUGACAGCGUCAAGAACCACAAGGAUUUGGCGUACGAAAGUGUCGCACCGGGGAUGAAACAGGAAGAAUACUUUUAUAAUCCCAAACUGUUUUGAAUUAACGUUACACGACAUUAUCUGAAGCGCUGAAACCUGGCCUGUCAGAGGAGGCUCUGAACACAUAUGAGACCACUGUCCUGCAGAUGAGCCAUCAGUGGGGGCUUUCAAGUCGCUGUCGCAGACCCAGAUAGUUGCUGGCGGCAGCGGCAUUGCCCCCCAACUCCCCAUUAUGCCCAACAGUAGUCGGGCGGGGAGCCUGAAGGACCCCGAAAUUGCUGAACUCUUCUUCAAGGAGGAUCCGGAAAAGCUCUUCACAGAUCUGCGUGAGAUCGGACAUGGCAGCUUUGGUGCUGUAUAUUUCGCACGGGAUGUGCGGACAAAUGAGGUGGUGGCCAUCAAGAAGAUGUCCUACAGUGGAAAACAGUCCAGUGAGAAAUGGCAAGACAUAAUCAAAGAGGUGAAAUUCCUGCAGAGAAUACAACACCCAAACAGCAUAGAGUACAAAGGAUGUUACCUGCGAGAGCACACUGCCUGGCUGGUUAUGGAGUAUUGUCUAGGCUCUGCUUCAGAUUUGUUAGAAGUUCACAAGAAACCUCUCCAAGAAGUUGAAAUAGCUGCAAUUACCCAUGGUGCUCUUCAAGGGUUGGCUUAUCUUCACUCCCACAACAUGAUUCACCGAGAUAUCAAAGCAGGAAACAUUUUGCUGACAGAGCCAGGGCAGGUAAAACUAGCAGAUUUUGGAUCUGCCUCUAUCGCCUGCCCUGCCAACUCCUUUGUUGGGACUCCAUAUUGGAUGGCCCCAGAGGUCAUUUUAGCAAUGGACGAGGGUCAGUAUGAUGGAAAGGUGGAUAUUUGGUCAUUGGGAAUAACCUGCAUUGAAUUAGCUGAGAGGAAGCCUCCACUGUUCAACAUGAAUGCAAUGAGUGCCUUAUACCACAUAGCACAGAAUGAGAGCCCCACGCUGCAGUCUAGUGAAUGGACGGAUUAUUUCCGAAACUUUGUAGACUCUUGCCUUCACAAACUUCCCCAGGAUAGGCCGAACUCUGAGGAGCUCUUAAAGCAUGCAUUUGUCCAGCGUGAGCGGCCAGAAUCAGUUCUAAUAGACCUGAUAAACCGGACUAAGGAUGCAGUGCGGGAGCUGGACAAUCUGCAGUAUCGUAAAAUGAAGAAGAUCUUGUUUCAGGAAGCCCACAAUGGCCCCACAACUGAGGCACAAGAUGAAGAGGAGGAGCCAGAACACAAUGUGGGUAGGACAGGUACAGUGAACAGCGUGGGGAGCAACCAGUCCAUCCCCAGUAUGUCAAUCAGUGCCAGUUCCCAGAGCAGCUCUGUCAACAGUCUAACAGAUGCAGGUGAUGACAAGAGUGAGGUGGACAUGGAGGGAGAUCACACAGUCAUGUCCAACAGCUCUGUCAUACACCUCAAACCGGAGGAGGAGACAUAUAAUCAAGAGUCGGAACCUCACACCCGGCCAACUGAGCCACAGUCACCACCUGCCCACACUCCACGGCCAAAACGAAACCGCGAACACUUUGCUACUAUACGCACAGCCUCAGUGCUCACUCGCCAGAUUAAGGAGCACGAGCAGGAUUCUGAAUUAAGGGAGCAGAUAUUGGGCUACAAGCGCAUGAGACGGCAGCACCAGAAGCAGCUGAUGGCUCUGGAAAACAAGCUCAAGGCUGAGAUGGAUGAGCACAGACUCCGAUUGGACAAGGAGCUGGAGAACCAGAGGAAUAGCUUUGCCCAGGAGAUGGAGAAACUGAUCAAGAAGCACCAGGCGUCAAUGGAGAAAGAUGCAAAAACUGUUAGCAGCGAUGAAAAGAAGUUCCAACAGCAUAUCCAGAGUCAACAGAAGAAAGAGCUCAACAGCUUCCUGGAAUCCCAAAAACGGGAGUACAAACUGCGCAAGGAACAACUGAAAGAAGAGCUGAAUGAAAACCAGUCAACACCCAAGAAAGAAAAGCAGGAGUGGCUGUCCAAGCAGAAAGAGAACUUCCAACACUACCAAGCAGAGGAGGAGGCCAACUUACAGCGCAGACAGAGGCAGUACCUUGAGCUGGAGUGCCGUAGGUUCAAACGGAGGAUCUUGAUUGCUCGCCACAAUGUUGAACAGGACUUGGUGCGGGAGGAGCUAAACAAGCGUCAGACCCAGAAGGACUUGGAACAUGCCAUGCUUCUCCGGCACCACGAGUCCAUGCAAGAGCUGGAGUUCCGCCAGCUCAACACCAUCCAAAAGACGAGGGCCGAGCUGAUCCGCCUGCAGCACCAGACAGAGCUCACCAAUCAGCAGGAGUACAACAAGAGGAGGGAGAGGGAACUUAGACGCAAACAUGUAAUGGAGGUUCGCCAGCAGCCCAAGAGCCUCAAGUCCAAAGAGCUACAGAUCAAGAAGCAGUUCCAGGACACCUGUAAGAUCCAGACCAGGCAGUACAAAGCGCUGAGGAAUCACCUGUUGGAGACCACACCAAAGUCAGAGCACAAGGCUGUCCUUAAACGGCUAAAGCAGGAGCAGCACCGCAAACUCGCCAUCUUGGCAGAGCAGUAUGACCACUCCAUCAAUGAGAUGCUUUCCACUCAGGCGCUCCGUCUGGAUGAGACUCAGGAGGCUCAGUGCCAAGCCCUACGUAUGCAGCUGCAGCAGGAACUGGAGCUUCUCAAUGCCUACCAGAGCAAGAUUAAGAUGCAGACAGAUGCCCAGCAUGACCGCGAGAAGAAGGACCUGGAGCAGAGGGUGUCACUCCGAAGGGCCCUGCUGGAACAGAAGAUUGAGGAGGAGAUGAUGUCCCUGCAGAAUGAACGCUUGGAACGAAUCCGGAGCCUGCUGGAGCGUCAAGCCAGAGAAGUUGAGGCUUUUGACUCGGAGAGUAUGCGCCUGGGCUUCAGCAACAUGGUGCUAUCAAACAUCUCCCCAGAGGCCCUUAGCAAUAGCUUUCCUGGGGCUUCAGGGAGUUGGAGUCACCAUCAGCAGCACCACCCAUCUGGGAGCUCUCAAGGGCCGCACUGGGGCAGCGGUGGUUUGGGCGCAGGAUCAAGCCACCAGGGCAGUCAUCACCACUAUCACUCCAGUCCAGGAGGGGCAUCUAUGCAGCAGGGCUGGGGGCAGGGCAUGCAGGGAGGUGGGGGUCCAACACCGUGGGGCCACCCAGCAGCAGGACCACUGCUCUCCCGCAGCAGCGGAGGUGUACAGAACAGCCCCCAAGCAAUGGGGAGGACAUCCUCAGGAGGACGCAGUGAGCAGGGCAUGAGCAGGAGUACCAGUGUCACCUCUCAAAUAUCUAACGGGUCACACCUCUCCUACACAUAGAUCCUCCCUGUCAGCCGUGGAGUCAGAGUUUGACCGUGGAGAUGUAGAAUCCAACAAACACAGCAGGACAGAGCUUUGGCUCAGUUCUGCUGCUCUGUCUCUCUCUCUCUGUGACACUUUCCCCUGCAUUUCUCCCGUGUACAGAUGUGGAUGUGUGAUUAAAUAAAUGUUGCUCAGGUCAAAAGGGCUGGAAAAGGCACAGCCCGUCCUCACGGCAGUUUAUCAGCACACAUACAGAUCCUUAAAUUUAUGUUACAUAAGUAAUUUGAGUGUCAACACAUAAUACUCCCAUUUGUUUUUAUUUACAGCUCUCUCCUAUGGAAUUUUUAGAAUAUACGUUUUGUGCUAUUUACAGCCAUUGCUCUCAUUUUGCACAUGAAACACUGUUAAAAAGCCUUUGACAUGUGUUAACUAUGUACUUAGAAGUGUGGUAUCAAACAAUCACAGUUUUGUUUAGGACCCGCCCCCUCCUUGAUUCACCCAAAUCAUAUUCAUUUAUACACUGGCCGAUUCUCUGAUGGUGGAAUGAAUGCAGCAGACCUAACUAAAGACUUUUUUUUUGCUUUGCUGUUGUGAUACCAGCCUGCUGUAAUGGUCAUUGUGAUAAAUUAGAUGCCUCCUUUUACUUUUAUUUCACUUGAUUUCCUGGUCAUCGGCCAAAAUGAGACUUUACAAAUUCAGAGCCAAAUGAAUUAAUCUUAACUGUUUCAGGCUUAUGCUACAGUUACAGUGCCUUUUAACCUUUGAUCAUAGAAAUCAGUCUCAGAUGUUUAUAGUUCAAUAGUUUUAAGUUUCAUCAACCGUUUCUAAUCAGUGCCAGUGUAUGUUAAGUUCGGUCUAUUUUAACACCUGUGAUUUUAGUUCCAGAGGUCCCAGAUACUUUUCUCAGAUUACUAUAUUCACUGUGUAUGCAGUAAAGUUGGUUUAAGUCUUAUUCAUUUUGGGAAAUAGAAAAUUAUUUGUGCAUAUCAGUAACUAUAGUUUUAGGUCUUUAGAGUGGUGGUAUUCUAGGGGUGAACUUGUAAACCCCUGCGUUAUGGAGAAUGUCAUUGUACACGUUGACAGGAGGAAUAAUGUGGGGGAUAAAAAGGAGAUUCAUUUGCCUUCAAAACAAACCUACUAUUGAUCUGUUGAUUUUUAUUAGUGCCUUUUAAAACUGCUGCCUUUUUCAAAGCACUUUAUACAGCUAGAUACAUGUAAAAUUAAUAUCCGACUUCUUUUCGCAAAGCACCCAGAGGUUUUGUUGGUACGCUUGUUGUUACAUUGAGGAGUCAAGCUAACCUGUGCUGUGAUUUUUAGGAGCAAUUUCCCAAAUACAGUUAAUAAGGUCAAGUGUAUGGCAAAGUACAGUAUAUAAGUCAAAGCACCCCCACCCCCCUUUCUGCAGCUUUUACUGUGUUUUGAAUGUGUGUGUUUGACUGUAGCUGUUGUUGGUCAUCUCUGUGAGUUUAUGCUGAAUUUGAAUGAAUAGAGGACGUGAGGAUGCUGCAUCCUUUUUAGAUAUGUUUUGGCUACAAUUUCCAUUGAACCAACUCAACUGAGUUAAUUAAAGAGGGUCCAUUAUGUGCAGGCAGGUAAUGUAAUUGUCAUGACCAUGACAGCAGGCUUGGCACUACUAAAAAAAAAAGAAAAUCCUACAACACUGUUGAAAAAUGUUGGUGCCCUGUUAAGUAACACUAAAAAUUUUAAGGGUGCUAAGUUACAAAUGUUACACCAUCUCAACAGAACCCAGGAACAAGGGUGACUGAAUCAAGCACAUGCUUGCAUGAUGACAUUGUAGCAUAUACAUGUAAAUGUAAAACUGAGUCAACACACAUGGUGAAAAAAUGGCCAAAUACAAAAUAAAUGUGGCAAAAAGCACUUAGGUAUUCUUUUGAUAGCUCUAGCAUUUCCUAUCUGAAUAAUAUCUGUUUCUGCUCACUCUCCUCUCUCUGGUUGAUGAAAUACCACUGGAGACGUUGGUGCCCUUUUAACCUAGCCUCUCUGUUCAAGUGAGGAUUUCCAUUUCCAUACAGAUAAUUUAAGAACACUUUGAUGAAAAAGCCUUUCAGAAUAAUUAUCUCUUGAUAAUAAGGAUCUAUACUCCCCUGAAUCACAAAGCUGGAGUUAAAUGUUCAUAUGUGUAUAUUUUCUUAAAGAAAACAUUUAAAAACUAAACUCACAUUUCUAAAACUAACUUUAUUUAACUGACCAAACACUCUGAUAUUAGCAAAAUCUGUCUCUCUCAAAGUGGUGUUGAGUGGUUUGGACACAGCUCAUUGAAAGAUAUUCUCGGUUUUUGUGUACAGAAACAAAAUGCCUGUAUGCAUGUAUUUGCUGUCAUCUCCUUUAAAUGCCACUUAUUUAGUCACCCGGCCAGCUCUGAGCAUUAUCUCUGCAGAGUUUGUUCUCCUCCACUCUGCAUAUUUUUGACCAUUUGCCCCCAUUCCACUCUGAUUCAGAGCCAAUGCUUCAGAUACUGGCUCUUUCUGAAUGUCAUACUGUGAUAUAUUCCUAUCACAUUUGAGGACACAAAAAUGCUGGGGUCUUUUUUUAAUAGGUGGGAUUUCAGUUUUCCAUGUGUAUAUAUCCUACCUAGAAAGUAAGCAUUAUAUCAAGUUAUAUAUGGUUUGGUCCCAAAACACUUACAUUUUUUAUGUGACUAGUUCCAGCUACUGUAACACAACAGGUUCCAUUCAUCAUUUCCUUUCUGAUUUAUUGAUAUUUGAUAAAGGGGAAUGUAUUUAACAUUAUUGGAAUCUUACCUUAAGUCAAAAGCCAAGGCCAAGAGUUUGAAUGUUAGGCCAAUCGAACCUCACAUACAUGCCAACCUUAAGUUUGUAUGCACAAUUUUUGUUCACUUUUACGUCAGUGUUGUGUGUGAGGGAGUCUGGAUGUUGUUGUCAAUCAUUGUCGGUCAUAAGACCCUCUCAACCAACCUGGAUCUUAUUUGUUAUUUGAAUUAUUAUUGUUUUUUAUUACUUAAACUUUGAUGUCAAAUUUUGUCCUACUGACUGAAAACGUAUGGGAUACUGAAUGAGAAUCUGCAACAAAAAAAAAGGCGAUCCUUUCUAUGGUCAAACACUGUGCCAUACCUGAGUUGCCAAGCCCAGAUACCACUGCAUUGUCUCAUCUCCAUGGUUUAAUCUAUCACUGGGCUGAUGGCAUGAAAUGGAUGAAACAUAGAAACAAGUUGGUUCUGGUCUAGUGCCCAAAGUAAAAAGGCUUGAAAAGAUGAUGUGGUGACAGGCAAAUUAUGAAAAGAGAUUGCAUUUCUUUGAAGAUGUCAGUAUUCUUCUUUGGCACAUUACCACUACAACUCAUAACCUGUAUUAAAAUGUAUAGAUGGUGGAACUUGUUCUUGAAUGUCAGAGAGAUUAUGAAGAUACUACGUAAGAGAUGGUAAAGUACUAAAAGUGGAUUUAAAUUGUGUAAAAAGAAUCACAAAACAGAAUAAAAAUAGGAUCAAAUUUACUAUUUUGUUUGUAUUAUAUUUACCAUUGUGUUGGCAGAGGGAUAUUGAACAGAAAUCAGCUGUAAUAAAGUAAUUUUAGUAUAA